ACAUCUACCAUCAAAGUGAAUUUUGAGUGUCUGUUAAUGUCAGUCUCAUCAUUGCUCUAAAGUUGAAUGUUUUUGGCAGUCUCCACAUGCAUGACCUCCUGUAAGAGGGUGGCUCCGCCUCCUGUUCCCCCUCGAACCACCUCCAAACCCUUCAUCUCCGUCACCGUGCAGAGCAGCACCGAGUCUGCACAGGACAGCUACCCCGACAACCUCGACCGCAAGAACGAGGUCAACAGCCAAUCAGGACGCAGCAACUCCUCCGACAGCCUCGACAGCCUGCCCAAAGGGUCACGACCCCCUGUAGCGCCGCCCCGUGAGCCCCAGAUCCCGGCGGCCGUGGUCAUCUCUCCCAACCCGCUCCGAGACUCCCAUCAUGAGCAGGUGAAGGGGGAAGCGCUCUCUGCAGACGAACGUCCUGUAGACCCCGUCCCGAGACGGAAACUCUCCUCCAUUGGGAUUCAAGUCGACUGUAUUCAGGAAUUACAGGCCAAGGUAGAGACGCCACCAUUGGCCAGAUUCCAGUCGAUCGGUGUUCAAGUGGAGGACGGCUGGACUUUCAGCCGCUCCAGUAGUAUGGCCUCUCGUCAAGAGACGGACUCAGACACACAAGACCUCUCGCUCACAUCCCUGACGUUCCCGUCCAACUCCAAACACACCGAGAAGAAAGUCAUGGUCAACAGCGCCAGCCAAUCGGUGGACUCGCCUCCGCAGCUCUCCCUUAACAACGGUAACCAUGACAAUGAUGUGGCGGUGACGACCAGCGGCCCCUCCCGACAGAUCCUGACCAAUCGCUCGACCACACAGAGCAGCUCCUCGUCCUUCUCCGAGAGUCUGGAUCCGGCCCUCGACCCGUCCUCCCUCCCGCCGCCCGACCCCUGGCUGGAGAGCGGGAACGGGACGGGGAGCGGGGGCCCUGCCCAGCCGCUGACGGGGGCCACAGCGUGCCGGCGGGACGGUCACUGGUUCCUGAAGCUCCUGCAGGCCGAGACGGGACGGAUGGAGGGAUGGUGCAGUCAGAUGGAGAAAGAGACGAGCGAACACCAGCUCUCAGAGGAGGUUUUGGGGAAGGUUCGUAGCGCGGUGGGCUGUGCUCAGCUGCUCAUGUCUCAGAAGUUCCAGCAGUUCAGAGGCCUGUGUGAACAGAACCUGAAUGUGAACGCAAACCCCAGACCCACGGCUCAAGAUCUGGCCGGGUUUUGGGAUCUUCUUCAGCUGUCAAUAGAAGACAUCAGCCUCAAGUUUGACGAGCUUUAUCAUCUCAAAUCAAACGAGUGGAAGCUGGAAGGAGACUCGCCGGAGAAGCAGCCGCGUGACGUUCAGGAGAACCAGAAGCAGGCUCCUCCGGUGCCCAAGAAGCCUGUGAAGAGUAAAGCGUCUCUGGGCCGAGAGAAGAGCAACGACACGGUGGACAAACAGAGACAGGAGGCUCGCAAGCGGCUCAUGGCGGCCAAGAGAGCUCAGUCCGUCAAGCAGAACUCCACCACCGAGAGCACAGACAGCAUCGAGAUCUACGUCCCCGAGGCGCAGACACGGCUCUGAGGAGACACACACACAGCCAACAUGCUCAAGGGCUCCGGCGUCACACACACAACACCAGAAGAUGGCGCCGAUGUGACGGAAACCAUAAAGUGUGAACGGAAAACCUUUUGUUUUGUGGGGACUGCCAAGGAACACCUCACAACGGAUCUUAAUAGUUGCAUUUAAUAUUAUUAUUAUUGAUAACUGAGACUGCUAUUGAUAAUGACUAUUGUCCUAAAUUCUAUCAGAUUGUUUUAAAUGUCCUAAUAUUUUGGAUAAGAGCUGUAACCCGUCUGUCGCUCGCUGGAACUCACGUCUUCCUGUCACACGCUUCUCUUUCCGUUCUUCUUCCUUCGGCUCGUGAUGCUCCUCGUCUCUUAUUUAAGGUUUGGAUGGACGGAAGCGAUGUUGUGUUUGGGGUCAGGCAGGGGGCGCUCUUCCAUCUCCUCUCCAGGAUGUUUUGAUGUUUGUGGGAUAUCACGUGAAAGCUGUUUCUCCAUCUCAGGUCUUGAAGUCUCACGGUCGUCGAUGUGCUUCAACAGGUUUUCAAUCCCAGUGUUCCUUGUUUAAUUCUGCAUCGCUUUGAGAAAAACAAGCUAACCUGAUGUUUCAUUGAAUGAAGUGCCUGUGGAUCAUUAUUGUGGGUGAUGUUAUGACCCUCUCGUAGCAAUAUCAGAGAUUAUAAUAUCAUGAUUUAAUCAGCACUCCCUAAAACACGCAGUGCAGACGCAGCUUGAUUAAACUUAAGGAAUGAGCUGAAUAUGAUUCUUCGCUUUAUUUAAUCAUUCAGCUUCUCUUGGCGCUCCUCGUCAUUUUAAAUAUAGUAUCAGAUAUGACACAUUUGAUUAGAUAACUCUUGGGAAAGUGUUUACUGGGAAUUUUCACUCAUUUAAUUUCACGAAUACAGUCGAUAAUAGAAUAAAAAAAAAUAAUUGUAAAAAAAUUUAUUGAAGAAGGUAAUUAGGUCAAAGUAGUUGGUAAUGCUGCAAAUUAAGAAAUCUUGUAUUAAUGCGGUUUUAUUAAUUUCAUCCUUUGUGUACUCAAUCUGACUUCUGAUGUGUCCAGUACAAACUAACUGUACGUUUCAUAACUCUUUUCAUGCACUAGCAUUAAAAACAUUUGGGGUUGGUAAGAUUUCUUUAGGCUUUUGAAAGUCUCUUCUUACUGGGGAUGCAUUUAUUUGAUCAAAAAUACAGUAAUAUUUUGAAAUAUUAUUACGAUUUAAAAUAACUGUUUUCUAUGGGGAUAUAUAUUAAACUGUAAUUUAUUUCUGUGAUGCAAAGCUGUAUUUUCAGCAUCAUUCCUCCAGUCUUCAGUGUCAUCUUCAGAAAUCAUUCUGAUAUAAAACAUUUCUGAUUAUUAUCAAUGUUGAAAACAGUUGUGCUGCACAAUAUUUUUGUGGAAAUGGUGAUGCAUUUAAUUUUUCAGGAUUCACAGAUGAAUAGAAAGAUAAAAAGAACAGCCUUUAUUUGAAAUCGAAAUCUUUUAUAACAUUAUGAAUGCCUUUACUCUCAAUGUUGAUCAAUUCAGUGCAUCCUAACGGAAUAAAAGUUUUAAUUUCUUAAAAUCAUACUGACCCCAAACUUUUUGAUGUUAUAGAUUAUUUUUCAUCCCAUACACUGUCAUGAAUUGAUGAUGUCCUGCAGCUCUGCGUUCAGUGACAGACGUCCCCAGAUCACGAACAGCUCGUGAUCAGCUGAUGGUGUGAAUGUGUUUUGAGCCUCUCCCAGUCGUUCGCUUCAUUCGGUGUCGGUCGAGUCGUUGACGCCUGCUGAGUGUCUGACUGUCCUGCAAACGUCUGAUAAACCAGAAUAAUGGGUGAAGAUUUGAAUACUCAUCUCCUGUGUUUAGUGAACUCCAGGCUCAGAUCAGAUAAACACUCCUCUCCUGUGGGAAACCUGAUUUAAUAAUGUUUUCCCAAUGAAAUCUGCAUAGACAAGCACAACAGUUUGGCCAAGUUGAAUAAACAGAAUUUAAAUAAUAAUAAUUCCUAUUUAUUCUAUAUUUUAUGGUGUUUAUAGAUAUUUAUAAUUUAAUGUAUUUAAAUGCAUUAAAAAUGCAUUGCAGUAAUUUUGUAGGAAGGGAAAAACAGUAUAAAGCUGAAAUAGAGAUUAUACACAAAAACUCGACAGUAAACAUCCAGAUGCAUUACACUGGAUCUGAAAGCUGAAAAACAUACUGAAACUGACAAACUGAUAAAUAGAGCAUUUUCCAUUAAUAAAAUAAAAUAAAAAUGUACACCAAUCAUAGUGGUGGGUACAUAUCAUUUUAUUUAUUUUAUUUUAUUUUCAGUUGUUGACCAAAUGCAUUUGAGUUUUGCAUCUUCACGUUAUGAUCAGAAGUUAUCUGCAUCUACACAACAGUUUCAGCAAGCCGAUGCUUUAUGGUUGUAGUUUUACAUGAAAUCAGACGCAGCCCGAAUGUUUUAAGCACACAGACAAAUUAGCCAACACCAAUGUUUGCAAAAAACACACAUUUGUCCAAUUUUUCUUUGACUAUUCACUCUGAAGAUACCAUUUAUUUCUCUGGAGUUCUAUGAAAACAUCAGUUGAAUGUCUUUAAAUUGUCCACCUGUGUUUUUCACUGUCUGGUGUUUCAGUGUUGUGAAACUGGUUUUCACAUCAUGUGUUCCCGAUCUUGUCCGGCUGUGUGUUCACAUGUGAUCUCGAUCAUGUUUGUGUGCUUCCCGGAGGACGACGGCACAAACCGUGGAUCACAGAUCUUCAGAAACCAUGUUUAUCUCCUCAGCGCUCCAGAUGCGUUUCAGAGAAACUCUCAUUUGUGCAACACACGGAUGUGAUCUGCAGCUCUCUGUUCAUGCUGCUUGGAUACUAGAUGAACUCUUUUAUACACCUGUUCAGUGACUGAGAGUGGAGUAACACAACAGCGGUCGAACCCUCUCUGACCUGACGGACGCUCUCGAUUUCUUCAGCUGUUUAACGGCCGUCAAACAAUAUAUCAUCUAAAUGCAAGAGUUUGUAGCAACAGGAAUUAAGAUUAUUAUUAUAAAGAUUGAUAAUCAAUAUUUUAUGAAACAAGCACAUAUUUUACUGACUAGGAUUUGUUCUAUAUGUCUAAUGCUAUAUGAAGUUUAAGCUGUGUAUGUCAGGGUCUUUUGUUUAGUAAGAAAUACAGUAAAUCUGAGUAAAGUUUAAA